CCUCCUGAUCUCACAGAAGACAACCAGAGAACUCUUUAAAACCCUCCUGAUCUCACAGAAGACAACCAGAGAACUCUUUAAAACCCUCCUGAUCUCACAGCAGACUCUCAGAGAACUCUUUAAAAACCUCCUGAUCUCACAGCAGAUUCUCAGAGAACUCUUUAAAAACCUCCUGAUCUCACAGAAGACAACCAGAGAACUCUUUAAAACUCUCCGGAGACACCAUGAAGCUGCUGCUGCUGCUGGUGUGUUGCAGUGCAUUGUGGGUAGAGGCCGCCUCCUCCUCUAUCGUUAAAGCUCCUCCUCUUCCUCCUCUUCCUCCUUCCUGUGACUCCUUGUUGGCGUUUUCCUCCUCCGUCUCCUCGUCGUCUGAAGGAAACAGAGACAUCCACCGCAGAUCUCUGUCGCCCUGGAUCUGGAGGACCUCCACAGAUCUGAACCGGAUCCCCUCCACGCUCUGGGAGGCCGAGUGCAGCAGCUCUUUCUGUUUGAGUCCCAACAAGCAGACGGACCGGCAUAAGCUGAACUCAGUCCCCGUCCUGCAGAACGUUCUGGUUCUGACAAGGAGGCCCGGAGGACGAUGCUACACCGCCUCGUACCGGUCUGUGGCUGUGGGCUGCACCUGCGUCUGGGCCAGGAUACACCACACCUGAACCAGAACCAGAACCUUUAGAACGAGCACCACUUCAAUCUGAACCAACACAACCAGAACCACUUGAACCUGAACCACUUCAAUCUGAACCACUAUAACCAAAAUCAAAUGUACCUAGACCUGAAUUGGAACCAGAAUCCCCUAAACCUGAACUACUUGAACCUGAACAAUAACCUGAACCUCCUGAAUCUGAACCUCCUGAAUCUGAACCAACCAAACCAGAAUCUAACCCUAUGAACCAGAACCUCCUCAACCUGAACCAGAACCAGAACCUUCUGAACCUGAACCACUUGAAUCUGAACCACUUUGAACCUGAACCACCUGAAUCUGAACCAUCUGAACCCUAACCCUGAACCAGCACCCAAAGCUGAACCACCUGAAACAGUAUAAUCUGACCCUGAACCACCUGAACUGGACCCUAACCCCAUGACACCCUAUUAAUGAGUUAAAAGUGAGAUUUUAAAGUGUAUUUCUGGUGUUAUUGGAAGCCAGUGAGGAGCUCUGAGAACUGGGGUACCUUCUUCUGGUUUGGGUGAGGACUCAUGAUUGAUUUUUCACUUGUAACAACACUGCUGCAGUAAUCAAGCUAAAAAGCAAAUGCAUGAACUGGAAUCCCUUGAACCUGAACCUGAACUAUUUAUCUGUUACCUUGAAUCUAAACACAAUCCUCUGAACAAAGAUCUAUUAACAUCUGCAUUAAACUGAACGUCGUCUCACAGAAAGCAGAAGCAGUCCAUCACGUGGUUUGUUUUUCCCUUCUGUUAUCUCGCUCCGGCGCUCGAGCAGAACGUGGCGGUUGCAGAGUUUUGGGCGGAGACGCUGAUAAUCCUCCAGUUUCCUUUAAGGACAUUAUCAGUCGCACCCAUAUCAACCCUGAACCCUCCCUCUGAGCUGGAAAAACACUCUGAAUAUUCACUGUUUAUUUUGUCCAUGAGUCAAACUGUAUUUAUAGUGGACAUUACACCAACGUUACUGCAGUCUAAAGUCCUUUUAUCAAAUAAUAACUGAGUACAAGCUAUAAAACAAUGUGAUGUUACACAUGGGUCUGAGGUCCAUGAACGACAUAUUCAACUCAUUUUAGAGUUUAAUGUUGUGUUUAAACAUGCAAAUAUGUAAUAAAUAUGUGCUCAUUUGCGUACAUGUCCAGUGCAAUUAAAGUGAACAUUGGAUAAAGCCAGGUUUGUUUUGUUGACAUAUGAGAGUCCAAGGUUUUUACAGAGUCUCCACUGCAUCAGGAAAUACUGCAAUAAAAAGUCAUUUCCUGCAUGUUUUUAGUCACCAAGUGUGUAUAAAAGUGUCUGUUCUCUACUCAUUAUGGGUGAACAGUGUAAUAAAUGUAACUAACAGAUAUCACCAUGAAACGUCCCCACUUCCUUCCUGACACCAACUCCAUUAUAUUACAGGUUUUCUGGCAUGUUAUGUUUGAAUAUGCAAAUGAGGCGUUAUGUAAUGUUGACUUUUGGUGAGUUUCAGAGAGACAAAGUUAGUGAAAUAAACUUCUGCAUUUGAAACACCUGG